GUCCUCUUUCGGUCUAGUGUGACCGGGCGGCCAAGUUCCGCCCCGAGUGGUGGCGCACCGCAAAGCCGAUCAAGAUUCAACGCCUCCACUGGAUCUCAACCCUCCCAUCUCUCCUCCAUCAAACCACCUGGCUUUGGCCCGACUUGCUUAUUGGCACUACAACGCAGAGUGCCAUAAUCCACCAAUCGUCCCGACAACGCGCGCGCGUCUCUCACCACGCCUACCCGCGUCAAGCCCCCUCGCCAUGGGCAACGACGACAUCCUCACCGACGACUACGUCGCGGACCUUCUCGUCAAAGAUGCCAACGAUUGCUCCUUGAAAUACUCAGCGCUGGGCAUGGAUGCCUAUACGUCGUCAUCAUCAUCAGGGAAGAAGCCGGCAAACAUGCCAAAACCAAAUACCAGAUUUCUCCGGCACAUCAUCAAGGGCACCGACACGCACAACAAGAAUCUUUUAGCGAAAGAGGCUGCUGAAUCAAAAGCAAGGCUGCAGGAUCUCGAGCACUCGGAGGAAGUCAAGCGGCUCAAGGCGAACCCCAACACGAGGGAUAUACGGAAGCGACAAAUGGGCGAUAUUCAUGCGAUUCUGGGUGGCGGUUCGCGACGGAGGCGGACAGAACGCGAAUCGUCAAGAUCCAAACAAGACGAGGCUGGGCACUCGGGGCGGCAUCACGGACGACGUCGAGAACGAGAAAAAGAUGAGGAUGAUCUAUUCGAAAGCCGGAAAUCGAGCAGAUCGAGGGACAAUGGUCGACUAGCCGACAGAGAUCCUGAUCGCAGGUCAUCACAUAAAUCCUCUCGAAGCCGGCGCGACGGCGACAACGAUUCGCAAACCGAAGAUGACACCGAGCGACGACGCCGGGACCGGAGAAGGCGGGACAGAUCUAGAUCGCCAAUUUCACGGCGCAAAUCGCACUCCCCCGAAGAACGACGCAGGAGGCAUCGGCAUCGGUCGAGGUCACCUGCACGGCGAGAUGAAUCGGACCCAUUGGAGGACCUCAUAGGACCCAUGCCAGCACCGAAACCCCGAGGUCGAGGUGCGCUCGCGGGAUCAUCAGGCAUUGACCAACGUUUUUCGGACACCUAUGACCCCAAGCUGGACGUGGCGAUGGAGGACGAUGCGGGGCAAGGUCAAUGGGACGACGCGGUGGAGGCUUUCAGAGAUCGACAAAAGCUACGACAGAAUCAAGAGCAACGACUGAGAGAUGCUGGCUUUGCGGACGCCGAUAUCAGCAAAACGCGGCAGCAUACCGGAGCGCAGGAAGAGGGGGAGGAGGACGUGCGGUGGUCCAAGGCUGGCGAGAAGAGGGAGUGGGAUAUGGGUAAGGAAGACGACGAAUCAGACUAGAGGUCGGACUCAAGCUACUGGCCUUGUUUGGACUCUUCCCCUGGCGCCAAAUCUUUGGCCUCUGCCGUUCCCCCUGUACCGGUGCUGGAGCAUUGCGGGCGUGACCGCGCGGAUGUUCUUGGAGCUACAUGUCAGAUUUGAGCGCCUUGCAACUAUUGUAUAAGAUACCUAUGCCGAAGUAUACAUCAGUUUGGAGGAGUACAGUUGUGAUGAAGAGUUGGAAUAGUUUAUCUCU